GAAGUUGGGAAGUUGGGCAGAAAAGUGUUUGGACGCGGCUGGCACAGGAAGAGAGCUUCUUUGUGAUUGGUCUAAACUCUGACAAGGCUCUCGCUCUUAUCUAACCAUGCGAGAGAGAUUCCAGUUAUGAAACAGCAUGGCCACCGAAGGGAAGGUGAUCCGGUGCAGAGCUGCGGUAGCAUGGGAGGCCGGGAAACCUCUGGUGAUGGAGGAGGUGGAGGUGGCACCUCCUAAAAGUGGGGAAGUUCGCCUUAAGAUUGCGGCCACAGGGAUCUGUCACACUGACUCCUACACACUCAGUGGCUCCGACCCUGAGGGGGUAUUCCCUGUAGUACUGGGCCACGAGGGAGCCGGAAUCGUGGAGAGCAUUGGGGAGGGGGUCACCAAGUUUCAAAAAGGGGACACAGUCAUACCCUUGUAUAUCCCACAGUGUGGUGAGUGCAAGUUCUGUAGGAAUCCCAAAACCAACUUGUGUCAAAAGAUCAGGGUGAAACGCUUGGUCGUCUACCACCUCAUUCAUGAAGUUAUCCCACCACUGAGAAGUCCUCCCAGGUCUCACCCACAGCUGUCUAGGUCGCCUGCUCUCUCUAUGAACUUCAAGAAUUUCGAGAACGCUCAGUCAGAUGGAACAACCCGUUUCUCCUGCAAAGGCAAGAGCCUCUUCCACUUCAUGGGCUGUAGUACAUUCUCCGAAUACACAGUGGUGGCGGAAAUCUCACUGGCUAAAGUGGACCACAUGGCCCCUCUGGAUAAGGUGUGUCUGCUGGGCUGCGGCAUCACCACAGGCUAUGGAGCUGCUGUAAACACUGCCAAGGUGGAGGCUGGCUCAACCUGUGCCGUGUUUGGCCUGGGGGCGCUGGGCCUAGCAGCGAUCAUGGGCUGUCAAGCAGCCGGGGCAGCCAGGAUUAUUGGAGUGGAUCUCAACCCAGAUAAGUUUAAAACUGCUCAAGAGUUUGGUGCCACAGAGGUCGUGAACCCGAAGGACCACAGCAGGCCAAUCCAAGAGGUCCUGGUGGAGAUGACAGAUGGAGGCGUGGACUACUCCUUUGAAUGCGUGGGCAAUGUGGCAAUAAUGAGGGCAGCCCUAGAGGCCUGCCAUAAAGGCUGGGGCACCAGCGUCAUCAUCGGGGUGGCAGCAGCCGGACAGGAGAUCUCAACUCGGCCCUUCCAGCUGGUGACCGGGCGCACAUGGAAAGGCACUGCUUUUGGAGGAUACAAGAGUGUCGAAAGUGUUCCAAAGCUUGUUGAGGAGUACAUGAAAAAAAAACUCAAAGUGGAUGAAUUUGUGACUCACACUCUGCCCUUUGAGAAGAUCACUGAAGGGUUUGAUCUCAUGCAUGCUGGGAAAUGGUAA